AUGCAGCUGAUCGCGCCGGCAGCUCUGCUGCUAGGGGCUCUCUUGACAUCUGCAAGCUCACUCCCACCGCAUGUCGAGGAGCUUCUCAAGAGACAAGUGCCGGCUGAGCCCAAAGAUGUCAAAACGAUCAAAUCGCCGGGGGGCGCCUCAAUUCGCUAUAAAGAGCCCGGGAAAAGUGGUGUUUGUGAAACCACGCCUGGAGUUAACUCGUACUCGGGCUAUGUAGACCUGGAUGAGGAAACGCAUAUGUUCUUCUGGUUCUUUGAAUCUAGAAACAACCCCAAUGAGUCGCCGAUCACUUUAUGGCUGAACGGUGGUCCCGGUUCUGAUUCGAUGAUUGGGCUGUUCGAAGAGCUUGGCCCAUGUAGCGUAGCCGCGAAUAAGAGCACGUCCAUCUUAAAUCCAUACGCCUGGAAUGAAGUCAGCAACAUGCUAUUUCUCUCACAGCCCAUUGGUGUCGGCUUCUCGUACGAAACCAAGGUCGCCGGCGUCAUAGAUCAGAAGACGGGGCUUCCCCUCAACUCCUCUCACCCAGAUGGCCGUUACAGUAACGUUACUGGAACCAGAUUCGAAACGACACAACUGGCUGCUGUAGGUACAUGGGAGGUUCUACAAGCGUUGCUCGAGGAAUUGCCGCGCUUGGACAGCAGAGUCAAGUCACGGAGCUUCAACCUCUGGACCGAGUCGUACGGCGGCCAUUACGGGCCGGCUUUCUACAAGUACUUCUAUGACCAGAACGAACUUAUCAAGAACGGGUCGACCAAGGGCGUCGAGCUCAACAUGCACACCCUGGGAAUCAUUAACGGCAUCGUCUCCGCGAGUAUCCAGACGCCGUAUUACCCCGAGUUCGCUGUGAACAACACGUAUGGUAUCAAGGCGGUCAAUGAUACGAUCUACAACUUCAUGAAGAUGAGCUGGGAGUUUCCCGACGGGUGCAGAGAUGCCAUCAGAUCUUGCUCUGAAGGCGACCGCUCGACGCCGGAUGGGUUGGCCGUUUGCUCGCAAGCUGUUGGCAUGUGCAGGAAUCUAGUUGAAGGGCCCUAUUAUGCCGUAAGCGGGAGGAAUCCAUACGAUAUCAGAGCGAUGAGCAAUGCCGACAUACCACCGGAGCCUUGGAUUGAUUAUCUCAACACUGCGAAGAUCCAAGAUGCUAUCGGUGUGGACAUCAAUUACACUUCCACAAACAGCCCCCAAAUCUACUCGGCAUUCGAUGCCACGGGAGAUUGGGUCUACCCUGAGCUGUUGGAAGAUCUCGAGGCCGUCUUAGACUACGGAGUCAGAGUCGCAAUGGUCUAUGGCGAUGCUGACUACAUCUGCAACUGGUUCGGUGGCGAAGCGGUUUCUCUCGCGUUAAACUACACUCACAAGGCGGAGUUCUCUGCGGCAGGGUACGCACCCUUCCUCGUCGACGGCGAAGAAUUCGGCGAGAGCCGACAGUACGGCAAUUUCAGCUUCACGCGCAUCUACGAAAGCGGUCAUGAGAUCCCGUACUACCAGCCCAAGGCGUCGCUCGAGUACUUCCGGCGCAUCCUGGGAGAUCUCGUCGUCGCAGAUGGGACUACGAAGGUCACGGCUACGUUUGCGAGCAAUGGGACUGCGAAGGCGACGCAUACUGAAACGUAUGUAACGUGGUACACAGGGCGCCCGGAAGAGGAGAAAUAAGAGAGGUGCCGAUCUCUGAGUAACGAGAGGCCUUUUUUUUUUUUUUUUUUGGACUUUCGAGACAUUCGACUAGGUACUGAAAUUGAUCGUACUACCUAUCAUAUACCCAUUGUAGGUAUAACAUGGUAAGCGGCUAGAUUAUUGUAUUAUGAAUACCAGUAGGUAGCUUUAAUUUCCAAUCUUGGCUACAGACAGGUAUCACGGGUCUAUACAAACUUCAAAUGACUUGUUCUCGAUUAAUUAA